AUGAUAUCAAAUAAUAUCUAAUAAAAAUUUGAAAAAUUAAUAAAAAUAAGAAUAGGAGAACCUAUAACGGCAGUACAAAUUCAUUAAGAUUUAGUUAUAGUAGGAUCAAUAUCAGGUUAUGUUGGUAUAUACAACAUUUAAAAUUCUUAAUUACAAUAUAUUUAAGAAGUAUAUGAAGAAAUUAUUCGAGGAGUAUAAAACAUAAAUUAUUUAUAAAUUUAAAUUUUUUUAAAAAAAAUCAGAAAUUAUUUAUUUAAAAAAAAAGAUACAUAAAGUAUAUAUAAACACAUAUUUGAAAAUCAUCGUGAUAAAAAAACUAAUAUCUGUGCUUCUACCAUAUCUUUUUUAAAUAAAAAUACAGCAGCAAUGACAUUAGCAACCCCUACACAAAAUAAAGACGCAAUAUUUGAUUACAAAAAUAGUCCAUUAAAGGGAAUUUUAUAAGUAUAUUGUAUUGAAAAGUAAGAAUGGAAAAAUUAUGAAUAAUUAAAUAUUCCAAAUAUAAGUGUUCCAUUUGAUUAUGAUGGGUAAUAAUUUAUAUGGUUGGAAUAUAAAGAAUAAAUGAAAAAAAUAAUUUCAGUUUAUAAUUUAUAAACGUAAACUACUAAUGAUUUGAUUACUUUUGAUAAAAAUAUUGAAUUUAUUUCUCAUGUAAAAUUAGCUAAAAAUUUUUUUAUUUUUGUUUAAGAUCAUAAACAUGUUAAAGUAAUUCUUUUUAAAUUUAAUUUAUUUUUUUUAAAAAAAUUAAAUUUAUAAAGGCAUUUGAUAUAAAAAAUAAACUUCUUUAAUUAAAAAGUUGUGAAAGAAAUUAAUGUUUUAAAGUAUAUAUUUAAAUUAUAUCUUAUUUUUAUUUUAAUAUUUUUAUAUAUAAGAUUGUAAAAUACACCUGAUUAACUUAUUAAACAUAAAUAUAUAUUUGAUAUGGGUUAUCCUUAUUAUAUUUAAGUUAAUGAUAAUACAUUAGCAUUUAGUUGUGAUUUUGGAGUUUGUGUUAUUAAAAUUUGA